UCAACCCAAAGUUUCUCCAGGCAAACAUUUAAAAAUAAUAGUUCUCAAAAAUGUCGAUGAUCUUUAACACGGAGUGGGGCUACCUGGAGGCCAUAACGCGGGGCUUUAAGAACGGGAUGCUGAAGCACUCGGACUACCUGAACCUCACCCAGUGCGAGAGCCUCGAGGACGUGAUGAUCAGCAUCCAGGGCACGGACUAUGGUCUCAUCUUUGGUGGAGACUUCUCCCAACCGAGUGUGGAGGUGAUUGAGAAGACUCUGAGGGAGCGCCUGCUGCAGCAAUACUACUACAUACGCAGUCAUUCGACGGAACCGCUGACCACAUUUCUGGAGUACAUCCGCUAUCCAUUUAUGAUAGACAACGUGGCGCUUCUGAUUGCAGGCCUGAACAACCACAGAUCCAUUAAACGCCUGUUGAAGAUGUGCCAUCCACUGGGCUUCUUUGAUCAAUUGGCUGCCAUCGAGGUGGCCACGAAUUCCGCGGAGCUCUUCGACGCCAUUCUCAUUGACACGCCCAUCGCUCAGUUUGUGCCGCCCGAUCUUCCCUGGGAGCAUAUAAAUCGCAUCGAUGUGGAGAUCGUGCGGGCGAGCUUAUAUCGGGUGUACCUGGAAAAUUUCUACGACUAUUGCAGCAAGCUGGGCGGCAACACCGCCAACGUGAUGAAAAAUCUGUUGUCCUUAGAGGCGGAUCGUCGGGCCAUCACCAUAGCUGUGAAUGCGAUAGAUAGCGAUAUCAGUCCAAAACAACGGCUAAAGAUGUUUCCCUCAUGCGGCUACUUGCCCAAGAUGGCAUUGGCCAAUAUGUCCACUUUGAAUGACAGCGAUAAAAUACGGGACGUGUGCAAUAUGUUUGAAGGAUACGGCAAGAUGUUUGACAACUUCGAGAGGGAUGCCGAUGGCAUGAUCACGCUGGAGGACCGUUUUCUGAUGGUGGAGGCCAAGAAGAAUGUGCAGACCUUUCUGCAGCAGUUCCACUUCGGGGUUUUCUACUCGUUCUUCAAGCUCAAACAGUUGGAGUGUCGCAACAUCGUAUGGAUCAGCGAGUGCAUUUCUCAGCGCCAGACGGACAAAAUCAAUGCCUAUAUUCCCAUACCAUUUGAUUAAAUAUUUCUUAUUUAUUAGCUAUUUUUACACCACCACAGAAGUGGUGUAUCAUUUCAAGGAUGGAAGUCACGUCCAUUGAACUACUUAAUGUUAACCUUUAAUUUGUCGUUUUCUUUUGGUUAUGAUUCUUAAAUAAUUUAUUGUUUUCGUCUUU